UGUCAACUGCACUAGCUUAAAGUGCAUUUUUGAAAUUUUCUUUUAGUUUUCUAAUCCCAAACCUGCACUGGUCAUUGAAAAUUUAUACUGGGUGAGCAAAAGCAGUUUUAUAGAUUUUUCGCUAAUGGUAAAGACGAGUUUUUGUUUUCUGCCCAAAGUAGCCAAAGAUUAAAUUUUAAUGGACUUAAACAAAAAAUCCGUGUUUUCCACACAGUUUAGUAGUAGGUAGAUCCGAAACAAUCCUAUUUUGUGUAAGUAAGAGUUUUUUUAUCAAGUUUAUGGGCAAUCAAUACAAAAUUCCACUUUGUUUCAAAUUUCAAGCGACUGGAAGCUGAGAAAAGUCAAUGCGAAACUAGUUAAUGCUGGUUUCACUGUAGUACUGAUGGCUGGCUUAAGAACCCAAAUGCGCUACUUGAACGCCUACGAAAUCCACAAGCUAAUUGUUAAUGAGUUUGUGCUAAAACAACCAGGAGACACUAAGUGGCUGGCACGCGAUUCUUCCAAAGACAAGACCGACUAUCAUGUGCUAAAAGAAAACCACAAGUUCCUGUGGGAUGAGAAGGAGCCGGAAACAUGGGAGGAACAGUUUGCCAAAAGAUACUACGAGAAGCUGUUCAAGGAAUACUGCAUUGCAGACCUGAGCCUGUACAAGGAAAACAAAGUGGCGAUGAGGUGGCGAAUUCAGAAGGAGGUGCUUAGUGGUAAAGGCCAGUUUAUAUGCGGAAAUAAGUCGUGUGGCGAGAAGAACGAGCUGAGGAGCUGGGAGGUUAACUUUGCCUAUCAGGAGCAAGGCGAGAGGAAAAACGCCCUGGUGAAAAUUCGCCUUUGCCCAUCGUGCUCGAAGAAGCUGAACCAUCACAGCAAGAAGAAGGAAGUGACCAGGCUUCAGAGGAGAGGAAAUCGCAAGGAAAAACACCCUCAAGCGAUCGCGCCAAGCAAAGCCACCCAAAGUCGAACCCAAGCUGAGCCUGAAGAAGCCCCGAAAAUGGAAUUACCGACUGAGUAUCCAGCUUGGGAAAAUCACAAACCAGUCGAAACCAAGUCGCGUGAGGAGGAAAUAGAGGACUAUCUUGAGGAUUUGUUAAUUUAAAUUAUAUUUUUAUUAGUUAAUUUAAGUUGUGAUAAAUAAAUUUGUUAAAUUA